AUGGAUGAACCUCCAGCAGCACUAUGUUGGGACAGCAUCUGGAGGUUCACAACCUCUGUGGUCCGUAGGAGCCACUGUGAAGGGGGCGCAGGGAAGGAUUUGCCAUUUUCAGUGGAAAACAAGGGGCGAUUAUUACUUAUGAUGACUUUGUACUUUGGAUCUGGAUUUGCUGUACCUUUUUUUAUACUAAGACAUCACCUGCUUAAGAAAUAA